ACGUCUAUAAAUUAAUAAUUUAAAUCUACGUCUAUGUUAGCAAACUAGAGUUUUUUACCUGUUUCUCCUCAGGUUUUCUGAUGAGUUGUAGCUGGGGAAGCGACCUGCAAAAGUUGGUUAAGUAAGAUUUCAGCUUGUGUUACGUCACGUCCGUCGUCACGUCCUUGGGUGGGCGUUCUUUUCCGCCAUGAUAGGUGAUGACAUUGGCGGCAUUAGCGCCAGCAGUUGCGCAAUUCUCUGUCGUUAUGCAACGACGUUACAUAGCCUAUAUUAUUGGGGAAUGAAAACAGAAGACGCACUCGUCUACUAGGAAUGUUAUUAUCCAGUGAAGGGAGGAGGCCCACGCCCUGGCUGCUUAUUGGCUGCUUAAAUAAGGCUGGAUGUACAGAAGGAGUGCACCAGGCGCGUGCCAGUCCGGCUGCAGCAAGCAGCUGCAAUCAAUCGCCUGCAAUCAACGCACCUGUCACUGAUGAGAAGCCCUGCCUUCAUAAACCAGCACGACCUGCUAUCCCGGCCUAGAACAUAGCGACCUGUCAUGUACACAGCGAUUCCUCCGCUCCCGUCUCCCCGUAUUCCCUCUGGUUCUCUGGCUGCUUCUUGGAUCUUGACCUCCUGCCUGGAAACGGACUCUGACGCCUCGCUAUUGCCCCAACUACCUGCCUAUCUCACGGACCUUCAAGCCUGCCUUUUCCCUCCGGGAUUUCCGCCUCUCGCUCAACACUUGGACUGCCCCUGUUUGGUUGAAGAUUGACCCGCCCCUUCGCUGCUCUGAACCUGAAUCGGUCGACCGGUGAUAUUGAUGUGAUUGUCUACAUUUCUACCUUUUUUAUGGUGACUGAGCGUUGAGCUACAGCGAGCGUGACAAUGGAACAGGAGGAAAAAAAUGCCGACUCUAAAUACGGAGAAACAAGAACGUUUGACCCAAACUUCAAGGGGCCCAUUCAUCAGAGGGGAUGCACAGAUGUUCUCUGCUGUGUUCUCUUCAUCGUGGCCUUAAUAGGCUACAUGGUAGUGGGAAUCAUCGCCUGGUCCCAUGGCGAUCCCAAACAAGUCAUCUAUCCCACAGACAGCAAUGGACACUUCUGUGGGCAAGCUGGAACCCCCAUGGAGAAGAAACCUCUUCUGUUUUACUUCAAUAUCUUGAAGUGUGCCAGUCCAUUGGUGCUGCUUGAGUUCCAGUGUCCCACCACACAGGUGUGCGUCGAAAGCUGUCCUCACAAACACAUGACACUGAACAACGCCUUAAAGAAUAGGGAUGACAAGCAAUAUUAUCAGCAAUUCUGCAAGGAAGGAGUGGACCUCUCCAAAGAGACUGAUAUUCUUGCAAUCCUGACAUCCAACCUGUGCCCUGCAAUGCUCAUGCCCAGCAGACCCUUCACCGGUCGCUGCCUUCCAGACCUGGCCAUGAAGGGAGAUACAGUGAUGGUGGGUGACAAAACCAAUAUUACGGACAACGACGGAUUACAGAUCCAGGCUAAAGUGGUACUGGAGGCGUCUAAGAAAUCCAACAUGGUCGUUGAAGCGCGUGUGGUGGCCAUGAAAAUCUUUGAGGACUACAGUAUGUCGUGGCACUGGAUAAUGCUGGGUCUGGUGAUAGCCAUGGUUCUCAGCUUCACCUUCAUCGUCCUGCUUCGCUACCUGGCAGGCAUUAUGGUCUGGGUCAUCAUUAUCCUGGUCAUUGUCGUCAUCAGUUACGGUAUUAUCCAUUGUAACUUGGAGUAUAGAAGUCUAAAAGGGACGACUGGAGAAAAUACAACCAUCCGUGACCUGGGCCUGCAGACCGACUUCACUGUCUACCUAAAGAUCAGACAGACCUGGCUCGGAUUCAUGAUCACUCUCAUCAUUGUGGAGGUCACCAUCAUCCUGCUUCUCAUCUUCCUCAGGAAGAGGAUCUUUGUCGCCGUUGCCCUCAUUAAAGAGGCCAGCAGAGCUGUUGGACAUUUGAGUUCUUCAAUAUUCUUCCCGCUGUUGACCUUUUCCCUCAUCACAGUGGUGAUAGCUUACUGGAUAGUCACUUCUGUUUUCUUGUCCACGUCAAAUGAGCAGGUGUAUAAAGUGUUCAACAAAUCUGAUUGCGAAUUUUCUCGGACUGUCUGUGACCCUAAGACAUUCAACACUUCCGAAGCUUAUAAGAAGUGUCCGGAUGCGGAAUGUCUCUUUGCCUUUUACGGCGGGGAUACCCCCUACCACAAAUAUCUCAUCGUGUUUCAGUUUUACAACCUCUUCCUCUUCUUCUGGUGCGCCAACUUUGUGUGUGCCCUGGGACAGGUCACCCUGGCCGGGGCCUUUGCCUCAUAUUAUUGGGCUUUCAAAAAGCCUGAAGAUAUCCCCGCCUUCCCCAUCUUCUCCUCCCUGGGACGGGUCCUCAGGUAUCACACAGGCUCUGUGGCGUUUGGUGCUUUGAUUCUGUCUGUGGUCCAAAUCAUCAGGAUAUUCCUGGAGUACGUGGAUAAAAAGCUGAAAAAUGCUGAAAACAAGGCUGCUAAAUUCCUGCUGAACUGCAUGAAAGUCUGCUUCUGGUGUCUGGAGAAAUGCAUCAAGUUUAUGAACAGAAAUGCUUACAUCAUGCUCGCAAUCUACGGGAAAAGUUUCUGUACAUCCGCUAAAGACGCCUUCUUCCUUCUCAUGAGGAACCUGAUGAGGGUGGCUGUCCUGGACAAAGUGACUGAUUUCCUAUUGUUCCUUGGAACGCUGCUGGUUGUUGGAAUUGUGGGCAUAUGCUCGUUCUUCUUCUUUUCUGGAAAAAUCAAAUCCGCCGAAUACGCAGCUCCCUCUCUCCACUACUACUGGGUGCCAAUACUGACUGUCAUAGUUGGAGCCUACCUCAUCGCCCAGGGCUUCUUCAGUGUGUAUGCCAUGUGUGUGGACACUUUCUUCCUCUGCUUCUGCGAGGACUUGGAAAGAAAUGACGGCUCCGUCGAAAGGCCUUACUUCAUGUCGGCCGAGCUGCAUGAAAUCCUCUCCAAAGUCAAGAAGGUGGAGCCGGAUGGCCAACCUGUCAGCCCAGAGGACGUGCAGAUAGAGAAGGGAACUAGUGAGCAAGAACUAGCUGGAGCCAUUCAACUGAGGCAACAGUCUGCGCUCCACCAGGUUAAAACCCCGCAGUUAGGUAAUGAAAGAGAGGAGACCGAGGAGCAAACGUUUAGUCAAGGAGAGAACGAGGAAGAGGAGCGGAACGAAGUGGCGCAAGAGCAGGAAGAGGAACCCGGAAUAUCCAAGGAAAAAUAGUCCUACUAUUAAUCCUAAAGAAAAUAGCUUGAUAAUUGUACAGCAAGUUCAGUGACAUCCAGCUGGUGUCGCCUGAAGGCUUGAGGCCCAGCAUUGUCCAUGGAGCUUGAACAAAGAAAGUCUUAGAAGAGUGUUGACAUCAUGAAGACCCUACAGGUGCUCCUCAGGUUUCGGACGAAGCCUGAUUAAGUCUCUCACUCACUUUGUACAUAGAACACAUGAAGGACAUCUAAUAAGAUACAAAACAUUAACAAUAAUAAACUGCUUGUUUUAUUCAUCUUAACCAAUGUAGGUGUCAGGAAACCGCCUGCUGCUUUUUCAUCCUCACCAGCAGCUUCACCGUGAACCUUAAGGUAAUGCAAAUUAGCACCGGCCUUAAAAGGGAAUUUUGCCUAUCAUUCACAGUCCUGAUGAGAGACAAGAACACAUAUGCCUUUUUAAGGCAUUCUAACUUGCAAAUAAACGUCUGCUUGCGAUGGAGCCAAUGGGAGACAUGACAUCAUUGCGUCUAUUGCGUUUUUUCCCGACCAUAAAACCCAAUAAAUAACCAUCCAAAAAGCGCCAACAAUAUUCCACUUACGUUUCGUGACCUGAAUAUUAACCAAGUACUAGCAAUAUUGUUAUUACCGUAAUUUCCGGACUAUAAGCCGCUACUUUUUCCCCUCGUUCUGGUCCCUGCGGCUUAUACAACGGUGCGGCUUAUUUACGGCCUGUUCUUCUCCGACACCGACGAAGAGGAUUUCGGUGGUUUUAGUACGCAGGAGGAAGACGAUGACACAAUGAUUAAAGACUGACUUUUCAUAUACCGGUAGGCUGGUUAUUUUGAUAACGUACAUGCGAGCACUUUGUAUUACUUUGCACCGUUGUAUUAUUUGUACUCUGCACGAAUGCUGUUCGCCAUGUCAAAGAUGUGAAAGUUUGAUUGAAUGAUUGAAAGAUUUAUAGUUAAUAAAUGGGACGCUUUGCGUUCCCAAACAGUCAUCUCUGUCCCGACAAUCCCCUCCGUGGUAGCAGGAACCCCUAUAUACUACGGUA